AUGGAUAUCGCCACUCGACGUACGACUUUAGAGAAACUACAAAGCAAUCGGCUUUGGUGGAACGGUCCUGAAUUGAUCAAUCGAGAACAAAAUGAGUGGCCAAAGUGGAACACCGUUCUGUCAAUAGAAAUUAUCGAACGAAACAAAGAAAUAGACGUGGAAGACAACAAAGCAUUUCAAGCGAGGAUAAGAAAACAGCUUCCAAUGGCUAUCAAUGAUGACGGUCCUAUCUCUUCUAGGACAAGGAGCCACAAAGUGGCGGCAAUCAAGCAACAAAUUCACAAGCCGGAAAGUAGCAUUCGCUUAGACGGAACGCUGACCGGUGUUUUUAAAGCAGUGGUUCGCUAG